CUUGCCACCAGAGGGUUAUUUUCCAUCCACGAAAGCAAUAAUGCCAGAAAAUAGUGAGGAAAUUACAGCACUGGUUAAACGGCAUAAUAAAGCACUCUCUCAUGCCCUCCAGAUCCUCACGAGCCAGUUGGAAGGAUUCAAAUAUUCAUUUACCAAUCUCUACAAUUUUAUCACCGAAAGAAUGAAUAACCCUUUAAAAUAUAGUUUCAAAGAAGGGAAGAUGGGAUGUUGUGGAAGUGGUCCAUACAGAGGAAUUCAAAGCUGUGGAGGGAAGAGAUCAAUCAAAGAUCAGUAUGAACUAUGUGGGAACCCCAGUGAAUAUCUGUUUUUUGACUCUGCUCAUCCAUCUGAAAAGGCUAAUGAGCAACUAGCCAAACUAUUAUGGAAUGGAAAUCUUGAUGUCACAUGCCCUUACAAUCUAAAAGCACUAUUUGGACAGAAGUAAAGUGAGAUUAA